GCUCACUCUAGCGGCGAGAGGAUUGCACACGAAAAUGAGGAACCUCCUCGCUGCUGUUGCGCUGCUGUCCACUUUUAGGACCUCUGGGGUCACUGCCGAACGUGUGCAGAACCCGGUCCUUAAUCUUCCGUCUGACGCUUCCGCCCAACAGCAAGCGGUGAAGAACAUCUUCUUAGAGAGCUAUUCAGCCUACAAACAGUUUGCUUUCGGCCAUGACGAUCUGGAGCCUAUAUCGAAGUCGUUCACGGACGGUCGUAAUGGAUGGGGUGCGACUAUCUUCGAUGCCCUGGACACAUUGUUCCUUAUGGGUGAGACUGAACUCUUCGAGGAAGGAGUGGACUUCGUGGGCCAAGUUGACUUCAACAUUUCUCAUACGACCGACACUGUCAGCGUGUUCGAGACUAGUAUCCGAUAUCUUGGUGGUGCCCUCAGUGCAUAUGAACUUAGCGGCAAGAAGUACCCUAUCCUCGUGCAGAAGGCUAAAGAGGUCGCAGACAAGAUGUCUGUGGCUUGGGUCGGGAGCAACAAGGUCCCAUUCGGCGAAGUCGAUUUUAACACUAGCACUCCCGAGAUUGCCACUUCAAACAUUGCCGAAGCUGGAACACUCACCUUAGAGUGGUCUCGUCUGUCGCAAUAUACUGGUAACGACACUUACCGCCAGUUGGCGGAAGGUUCCGUCAGGCAAAUCAUCAGUCUGCCGGACCCCCUCCCUGGACUUGCUGGUCAAGGUAUCGAUCCUUCGACUGGCGAGACCAGCGACGCGUAUGUCACAUGGGGCGGUGGCUCUGACAGCUACUUCGAGUAUCUGAUCAAGUACCCGCGCUUAACGAACACGAACGACACCAUCUUCGCGGACACUUGGGCUACAGCCGUCGACUCGUCUAUAAGGACGCUCCUCGUGACGUCGACCGUUGGUGAUCACAAGUACUUAGCCGACUUCGAUGAGACCGGCAACAUCAUCAAUGUUGGCUCUCACUUGGCAUGCUACAUGGCCGGAAAUUGGUUGAUGGGCGGGAAGCUCUUGAACAAUAACACCAUCGUCGACAUUGCGCUCCAGCUCAUGGAUGGCUGCUGGAAUACGUAUGCGAGUACCGCCACCGGCAUCGGCCCCGAGGCGUUCGCCUACUUCUCGAACAAGGGCAACAUCACUGACCAGACUGUCACCGCGGAAGAUCUCGCUUUCUACGAAGAGCACGGCUUCUUCAUCCAAUCCGGCGCCUUCUACUAUCUGCAACGCCCUGAAGUGCUGGAGAGCAACUUCUAUGCCUGGCGCGUCACCGGUGACACAAAAUACCUGGACCGAGCCGCGUCUGCCAUUCAGAGCUUCCAGAAAUUCCUGACCACGCCCGGUCUCGCUGGUUUCGCACCCAUCUGGAAUGUCACCGACACUGACGUCAUGCUCAACACGAAUUAUUUCAUGGAUGACACGCAGAGCUUCUGGUUUGCGGAGGUCCUCAAGUACUUGUGGCUCACCUUCGACGACCCCAACAACAUCAGCCUCGACGAAUGGGUCUUCAACACCGAAUGCCAUCCUCUCCAGGCACCUCCUGAAUUGCCCCAGUACGGUAGCGGGCAGCUAACCACUCCCAAGAAGUUGAGCCUUCCCUUCACCUCGACUGCGAAGCUGCCACAGUUCAGUUUCGCGCCUAUUCUGGGCCCCAACCAGCCUUGAGACCUGAGGGGGCAUCUUCGCCCUGUAGAGAACUAGAUUGUGAAUCCAUCGUUCUGAGAUGGACGUUUUGCGAGU